CCGCGCAUGCGCACUGCGCUGCAUCCGGGUCCUGCGCUCUCUCGGUCGGCGGGAAAUGGCGCCCGGGAUUUAGCAGCCUCGGCCCGGAGAUACCGAGGACACCGCGGCAGGGAAGACGGAGAGCAGCUCAGCGAAACCUCGCGAUCCAUCCGCGACCAGCCCGGAGUUCCCCGGGACACUACAGCUUUUUAUGCGGCUCUUAUAAAAAUGAGGCUCAGGACGCGGAAGGGGUCUCCGCGCAGCAGUCACGGGCCUGCCGGGCGCACUGCUCGUACUAAGAGGAAGCACUCCGAGGAAGAGGAGGAGGAGGAGAGCUCAUCUCUGGGAGAUAAGCUGCCUAAAUCUGACACCGGUUUACUUUCUACCAUAAAAAAUUUCAUCAAAGGCAGCACAACAAAGGAAGAUCGUGAUAAUCCCGCAAAGAGAAGUCGAGUGGAGCGAGACAUUGAUAAUAACCUCAUCACCUCAACUCCACGAACUGGUGAAAAACCAAGCAAGCCCAUUGCCCGUGUCAGACGGAAAAGUCAAGUCAAUGGAGAAGCAGCAAGUUAUGAGCUGACGACAUCUCAACAUGUGAAACAGAAUGGAAAGCUGGAAGAUGUGCCUCCAGUAGGCAGCCCACCCAGGACCACACUGCUGGGGACCAUUUUCUCUCCCGUCUUCAACUUUUUCUCACCAGCAAAUAAAAAUGGCACGUCGGGAUCAGACUCUCCUGGACAAGCGGUAGAAGCCGAGGAGAUAGUGAAACAGCUGGAAAUGGAGCAGGUAGAUGAAAUCAGCACCAGCACCACCACCUCCACUAAUGGAACAUCCUACACCAAUCAGGGGACGCCUGUCCGUACAACUGCCAGUAGCUGGCUCGAGUCAGGGGAGGACACCCCAGAGCGAGACAUCCCAAUACUAACAGCUCCAGUAUCUCCAGAUAGUGGUUACUCCUCUGCCCAUGCUGAAGCAGCCUAUGAAGAAGAUUGGGAAGUAUUUGAUCCUUACUAUUUCAUCAAACAUGUCCCACCCCUGACUGAAGAACAACUUAACAGGAAGCCAGCGCUGCCUCUUAAAACCAGGAGUACCCCUGAGUUCUCCCUGGUCCUAGACUUGGAUGAAACAUUGGUGCAUUGCAGCUUAAAUGAACUGGAAGAUGCUGCACUCACGUUCCCUGUACUGUUCCAAGAUGUCAUUUACCAGGUGUAUGUGCGAUUACGGCCUUUCUUUCGCGAGUUCUUAGAGCGUAUGUCUCAGAUCUACGAGAUAAUCCUUUUUACAGCGUCAAAGAAAGUCUAUGCAGACAAAUUACUGAACAUAUUGGAUCCCAAGAAACGGCUAGUGAGACACAGACUGUUUCGGGAGCACUGCGUAUGUGUGCAAGGAAAUUACAUUAAAGAUCUAAAUAUCCUGGGGAGGGAUCUUUCUAAAACAAUCAUAAUUGAUAACUCACCACAAGCCUUUGCGUACCAGCUUUCUAAUGGAAUUCCAAUUGAGAGCUGGUUUAUGGAUAAAAAUGACAAGGAGCUGCUGAAGCUUGUUCCUUUCCUGGAGAAGCUUGUAGAACUGAAUGAGGAUGUGCGGCCCCACAUCAGAGACAGAUUUCGCUUGCAUGACUGUUUGCCCCCAGAUUAGAAAGGACAGCGGGCACCUGCAGGAGCCCCAGACUACAGGGGACAUCAGUUAAAUGCCUGCAGGGAGUGGAGCUGCAAAGGCAAAGGACUGAAGCAUACAUGUACACAACCAUUUGCCAUAACUGCUGAAGGCAUUUCUUUACUUUGCUGUCUGAAAAUAUAUAUAU